AUGAGAAAUCGGCCCGUCAUCAGCAUCGAAAAUUACACCAUAUACUGCGGCGAUGCUGAUGAGAACAAAGUAGAUGCGCCUCACGCACCUACAGAAACCGCUGAGGACAACAGCAAGGACGCCUUCUAUGAUGCACUCAAUGCGUUGAUGUCUAAAAUACCAAGCCAGCAGGUGGUCAUUGUCGGAAUCGACGCAAAUGCGAAGAUGGGACUCGAACAGCAAUCCGAUGUGCUAGGAAAAUGGUACUAUGCAGCGUAUCGCACGUCGGACAACGGUGACCGUCUGGUCGACUUGUGCGAACAGAUGGGCCUCAUCAUCUCUUCCACCGUUUAA